AUGGCAAAGCUCCUGUACGGAAGUAAUGUGUUCAUCAUUAACUUAGCUCUUGCUGAUCUAGGGGUGUCUAUCGUGGUCAAUCUCGCCUCGGUGGUCGGGAGCAUCACCAACGAAUCCGGUUUCUUCUUUGAACAUGACUGGCUGUGCGAAAUCAUCGCUGUCAUAUGCAUCGUUACAUGUUCGUGUUCGCUGUGGAGCAUAGCAACCAUUGCCUUCAACCGUUACGUGUGGAUUUGUCACUGGAAGAACUACCAUCGUGUCUUCAACCGGCGGACCGUUCCCUUUGUCCUCCUCACGGUGUGGUCUGUCGCCUUCCUAAUCGAUCUCCCAAACAUCCUUGGAUGGGGCGUCCAUGAAUUCGACUGGAAGGUGAUGUCUUGCACUGGAGGAAUGGCUUUCGUUCAUUCUUACGCCCUCUUCUUUGCAUCCACGACGUUCGUUCUACCACUUUGCGUCAUCACCUACAGUUACAUAGGUAUCUUCCGGUUCUCUCGGAAAUCUAGCGCGGCUAUCCGCCGUAUGCAAGAACGCUCCAUCACCGCACCAGGAGUAUCCACAGUAGACCACAAGCACUUGACCACGCGGUACCCACUUCAUACGACUACCAGUAGCGCAGCACGCCAUCUCAACGACGUAAAUAACCGCGGUGCGCAGGGAGGAGCUAGCGCGAGCGAUCUUCGUCUUGCUCGAUCUAUAUUCAUCAUCGUCAUCAUGUACCUGGUCAUGUGGCUACCGUUCUCGAUGACCAUCCUUUUCGACACACAAGUGGUGGCAAACCGUAACAUCUAUAUCUUUACAUUCACGUUAGCGCACAUGAACAGCAGCGUCAACUGCGUCAUCUAUGGUGCUACCAACAAGAAUUUUCGUCGCGGUUAUGCCAAAUUCAUCCGAAUGGUUGUGUGUAGAGCCAAGCGUUUCGAUCCUCUCACGUCGAUCUCGGUGAAUUUGACGGCAAAAAGAAAUACUCGUGUGUAUCCCCUCUCAGAGGACAAGGAAGAUUCACACCAAGUGUCAAAGGUAACGGCUACGUCAUAAACAGGGUAUAGCGAGUUUUCGCAAACCUCUGGAAUGCGACAUUAGGGUCCGGUAACACAAAAUUUAACAAUUAAU